CUACUGUCAGCCGGCUGCAUAGCCGCAGCUGUCAUGGAUUUGCCAAUAUGGUUUGUGGUUGCUACAGUGCUCCUAGCAGCAGCACAAGCUGAUAAAACUGUUGAAGAUUCUCAGAAGUUGGAUGAAAGCAAGUCUGUUCAAAAACAACAUAAACGAGAACACACAGGGUUAUCACCACCCCCGCCCCCUCCUCCGCCGACCCAGGUGACUCUCCCAAAUCAGCAUCAACAGCAGCCUCAUCAAGUGCAUGGUCCCCGUUAUGUCAUGAAAGAUAUGAUAGUGUACUUAACACCAUCUCAAAUCAAAGCUUUACAAACAGGACAAGGUGCCCUAAAGGUACUACCUCAGUCACAACCUCAAUCUCGACCUCAACCACAGCUGCCACAUUUUAUGCAGAAGUUAAUGCAACAAAAUACAUUGCAUCAAGAAGGCCAAUUAAUACAACGCGAAAUUGAAGCACAGGAGGCUAAUAGAAAGAACCGCUUGCAGCUACAGGAAAUAGUUGCAGGCGCACCUACAGAAAACUUAAACCACCACCAGCACCAACAAGAACAACAACAACAACAGGAACAACAACAGCAUCAACAAAUACUACAACAGCAACAAGAACAACAACAACAGCAUCAACAAAUACUACAACAGCAACAAGAACAACAACAGCUUCUUCUACUACAACAACAUCAACAAGAGCAACUGCAACAUUUACCCAAUAUUGAAUCGCAACACCAAGCACAAUUUCAAUUGGUAAAUCAAGAACAACAUUUGGCAUUGGUUCCACAGUUACAACUAAUUUCACAGCAACCGCACGAGGAAGCGUUGCUAACUCAUGAAAAGCAAUAUCAUAAACCCCUGUUCUUUAUAUUACCUCAAAUCAAACCAGUCGGGAAUAAAAACUUGCAAUUGUUUCUCAAUCCUACUAACCAAAAUGACGCACAGCAACAAUUACUUCUUCUUCAUAAAAAUAAUCCUGUGCAACACUUAAAUCACCAUAAUUUCAAUUUCAUUCCAUAUGAAUACGGUGCAGAAAAUGAGCUGGAAGCUAAAAAAAUUUUUAUUGCCCAUUUGGAAAACCAGUUAGACGCUUAUAGACUUAAUGCCCACCAACUAGAUGCACAGCAGCUGGAAGCAUCAGACCAACGACAACAAUAUCAUCAAAUCACAUCGGAACCAUUAGACACUCAUCAAGUUGAUUUAGAAACACAACAUAAAGCUCACCAGUUUGAAAGUCAAUUAGAAGCUCACCAACUGCACGCUGCUCAUCAUGUAGAAAAUCAACACUUAGAUGCUCAUCACUUGCAAGAAGUACAAAAACCUCAUCUCUUAGACGAAACAGAAAAAUUGCCGACAGCACUUCCACUCACAGCAAGUUUUAAGAGUCAAUUAAAGGGUACUCCUCAACUAGACACUCAUCACUUCAAGAUAGAUGAGCUUCCAACUUUACAGGAAUUUCAAAUGAAAGAAAUAUUGGAGGCUCAAAAGCUCAAAAAACAAAUACAAGCGCAGGAAAACGAAGCUAAAAAACUCGAUGAUCAGUUAAAAGCUGAAGAACUCAAAGUUGAAGAUCUAAAGGAAGAACAAGAACAGUUAAAGUUAUCUCGUGAAUUAAAUGCAAAGAAGAAUGAAUUCCAUUCUGUAUUAAAUCCUUUGGUGCAACAUCACAAUAUUUUGAAUAUAUUAAAAGAACCUACAAAUUUUUCACCACCAGAGCUUGAGAAAGGUUUUGUACCAAUCGAAUACACACCAAAAGAUAACCAAGAAAAGUAUGCAAGAGAGAUAGAAAAGAUACUGUUGGAAAAUCAAAUAGAUAAACAAAAAGCACUUACUCAAGCUGCUGCUAUUGCCAAUCAGCCGCCUGUGGUAGUAAAGCAAGAAAUAAUAAAACAUGUAAAAUUACCAAUACCUGCUCCAUAUAUUGUGAGAAUUCCUGAACCUUUCGAGGUCAAAGUGCCCCAGCCAUACCCUGUGCCAUUGGAGAUUAUAAGACAUGUUCCAUAUCCGGUAGUGAAAGUCGAACAGGUAGAAGUAGAAAAGCGCGUGCCCGUUGAAGUAGAAAAACGUGUCCCUUAUACAGUUGAGAAAAAAGUUUUCGUUAAAGUGAACAAACCAUACGUUGUGAAGCGGAUUGUGCCAGUGGGAGUGAAAAAGACAGUACCUAUAGAAAUUCCAGUUAGAAAUAAAAAUCAAAAAUUAUCCAUAAUUAAACACAUUUGGGAGCACUGAUAAUUUAGGCCACUUGUAGUGUUUUUAAUAUUGUACAUAUAGUUGAUAUUUCUUAGUGAUAUAGUACAAAUGACACUUAUUAUGUGAAGGUGGUUAAUUAAACUAAAUUCGACUGAUGAUGAAGAUAAGACAAUUCAAGGUGAUAAAAUAAUACGUUUUUUAAGGUUUGUUCUCUUUAAUAAAGAGC